UCCAGAAACAUGACCUCCGGACUGUAUCCAGGCUCUCUCCUGGUGCUGCUCUGUCUCCUCCACUUCUCUGAGCAGACCUGUCCAUCCAUGUGCCUUUGUACAUCUGACACAGUGAGCUGUAGCUCCAGUGGUCUGGCCAAGCUACCGCUCUCUCUGCCCUCCUUCUCCGUCACCCUCGACGUCAGCCACAACCAUCUGUCCUGGCUGGGUCCGGGUAGCUUCAACAAGAUGCCAAGACUGGAAAACCUCAGGAUGGCCCACAAUCAGCUCCCUGCUCUGGGCCAUGGGGUGUUUCACAACGCCUCCGGCCUCAGGCUCCUUGACCUAUCCUCCAACAAGCUGCAGGUGGUGGAGCAGCACUACUUCCAGGGGCUGUGGAGGCUGGAGGAGCUCCUUCUCUUCAAUAACAGGAUAACUCAGGUGGAGGCCAGCACACUGAUUGGUCUGAGCAGCUUAAAGAAGGCCUACUUCAGCCUCAACCAGAUCACACACUUCCCAUUCUUCUCCAUCCAAGACCAUAGUCAUCCUUUCCUGACCAUGCUCGACCUCUCGUCCAACAGAAUGAGUCGUCUGCCCUGGGAGGACGUGAAAGCUUUGCCGGGGUUGGUGCAGCGGGGGCUGUAUCUCCACAACAACUCUCUGAUCUGUGACUGCUCCAUGUACAGUGUGUUCUGGCAUUGGGAUCUGAGGGGUUAUGACUCACUGAAGGACUUUACGGAUGAGCACACCUGCUCUAUCUAUGGGGACCCACGAGCUUCCAUCCGGUUCCUGCGACACAACCGCUUCUUCCGAAACUGCACUGUGGAGAAAGCCGUCUCGCAGCCUGUGACCGUGCUCCUCUCCAACGUGUUGGUCUCACAGGGAGACACAGUGCGCCUGGACUGCCAAACAUCCCUGAAUAGCACAGACCUCUCAUUUACAUGGCUAUCCCCCAGCAAGGGGUACAUCACCCAGGCUAGCAUAAAUGACACGCUAAUUAGCCUCUUUCCUAAUGGCACCUUGGAGAUCCAAGCAGCCAAGGUCAAUGACUCAGGUCUGUACGUGUGCACAGCUGUGGAUAUUACACAGGCACUGAAUGCAACUCGUGAGGUGAAUGUGACGGUGUUGCUGCCUGCAGGAGAGUCAUUCAACACCGGCUACACAACGUUACUGGGCUGUGUGGUGACCAUGGUCUUCAUCCUCAUGUAUCUCUACCUGACUCCAUGUCGCUGCAGCUGCUGCAAACAGCCCAAACCUGUCGUUAUCCCCAUUGCGACCUAUGACCCCAGCACCCUAGCUUCUGUUUUCUCCCCCUCCACAACAGACCAGGCCAAAAUCCAAACUAAUAAGCAUGUGGCAUUCAUGGAGCCGAUGAUAAGUGAAGAAGGAACAGAAUGGACACGUGAGAGCUGAUGCUGAAGAGGGUAGCGUGUCUUUUCCUUUAUUUUUCGGCAGGGGAAAGAGAAGACCUUGGGACAAAUCAAAACUCCUUACUCAGCAAUUAGCCUCGCGAUGUUAUUAGAAGUGAGUGUUAACGCUGCAAAGGGAAAA